AUGUUUCCACAGCAGCAGCAGCAGCAGCAGCAGUACCAGCAAAAUGGCCAUGUUUAUCUACCGCAAACUAAUUUCAACGAGUCUAUGUUUUUCAAUCCAGACUUACCACAGGAAAUAUGUCCUAAUGUUUGGCUUGGUCCAUAUAGUUCGCUAAGAAAUUAUUCCAACAAUAAGAUAUUAGAGCAGCAAAAGCAAAGUGGAGGUACAAAUACUAGCUUCCUAGCCAAAAAUAAGGGCAUAAAGAUGAUUAUUAAUUGUGGCACAACUGCGAAAUUUCUUGACUUGAUUGAAAACUCUAUUGAGGUAUCCAUCUCAUCAGAUAUUAUGAUUUUAAGUAUUGAUCCUGCUUUUGAUCCUCAGCACCAAAAUGAACAAGUGCUAAUUUCUGAAUUUACCACAAAAUUCAAUAGAAUUUUACAAAAUUACCUACUGUAUUUUUAUAUAGACAACCCACUGUCAAUCAACUUGAUCCACCAGCUACCCAAAUCGCAUGAUUUGACAAGUAUAAAAUCCCCACUUUUUACGGGCUCAAACUUGAAGAUUCAGUUUUUCAAAAUUGUUCGACUUAUUUCACUAUUCAAGUAUAUUUUUAACCAUGAAUUUCAAAUACUUAUCUUGCUGGAACUGGGAGAUUUGAACUUGUCAACCGGGCUAACAAUUGCUUAUUUAAUGGAUAAUUACAAAUAUAACUUGAAUAAUAGUUUUAGGUUGAUUAAAGAAAAACGGCCUACUGUGAUGGAAUUGAAAUUGAAUUUCUAUGACGAUUUGUUAAUUGUUGAACAUUUGAAGAAAUUUUAUUUAGAGAAUAUUGAGAUCAAAGUGAAGAAUCCACAAUUAUUGAUUAAUAAAGUUAAGAGAAAAAACAGUCUUUGUGAAAAUGAUGGUGGUUGUGGCAAUGACGGAGACGAAGAUGAUGCAAUGAGGGACGAGAUUAUGGUUGGUGGUGAUCGCAAAAGAAGAUUGCACUAG